AUGGCUGACGGUCCCCUUGGCCUGUGGCUGGGCGCCGGCGGCAAGUGUACAGAGAAUGGAGCCAAGAAUUUCGCGUACUUCUACAUUUAUGACGGCAUGAACGCCGUGGUGAAGCAGUACAUGGCUGUUACAACAGGUGUGAAGCUGGUUUUGGGAUACGUGGCUGGAGUCGGAAACACGCUGAUCAACAUGCCUUUGGAAGUCAUCUCGACCAAGAUGCAGCUGGAUGAUGCAAAGGGCUUGGGCACCGUUGGGAUGCUUCGACGAAUCAUCCAGGAAGAAGGACUCGGUGCUUUGUACACCGGCCUUGGCUACAAUAUUGCCCUUUGCAUCAACCCGGCAAUCCAGAAUACUAUACUCGACAAGCUGAAGGAAGCCCUUCUCCAGCAGAUGAAGCGGCGAAACCCUGAGGUGGCGCCAGCCCUGACGGCCUUCCAGGCCUUCACCUUGGGGGCCUUUGCCAAAGCGGUGGCCACGGUGGUAACUUACCCACUGGUGCGCCUGAAGACAAACCUGCAGGCCGGCAAAGUGCCACAGCCAACGGCUGAGCGGCAGCCGAGCGUGCGCAGCAUGCAGCCAAACCUCCCAAGGAUCACCAGCAAGGGUAUGACUCGGUCAGGCUCCAUCGAGAUGAUCCGUGCCAUGUCCUUCCGUGAGGACAGGGAGCCAACAUCUGUUUCAUUGUUUCAGAGGCUCAUUGAGCUGUACCGUGGAGUCUACUCUGCCCUCUUGAAGAGCACGCUGCAAAGCGCCCUCCUGUACAUGGUCAAGGAUCAGGUGGAGUUCUCCGUUGAGCGGUUCUUCCACCUCACGGCACAGGUCUUCUUCCGCAAGAGCGGCCAAGUGAAGCUUGGCAGCUUCUCUGGGCGCCCACUGGCCUCCUAA